UGCCACCGCAACACAAUGCCCAGGUCCAAGCCAUCCUCAUCGACCUCAUCCAAGCCACUAUCAGACAGUAAAAAAAAGAGGAUUAUAAAUAGCAAAAAUACAGACUGCCCUGCAUCUCUUAGUAUUACCAUAAAGCAAACUACUAUGAAAUGGAGCUCAGAUAUGCUGCUGAAAAAGUAUCCAUGUGUCAUCAAAGUGAAUCACUGCCACAAUCACCCAGUUCAUGCAGCUGAUGCAUUAAGACGUAGAAGGCCAUCCAAGAAAACAGAACAAAAAUUUACUGACCUGCUUAAAAAAGGGCACUCCCCCUUGUCAGCUCUUGAGUGCCACAAACUUGAUCGAAAGAUGGAAUAUGGUGAUAAUUAUUUUAAAGUAGCAGCAGAUGCCUCCAUAUGCCCAAGCAAUUUCUGGGUAUACAAACUUUUCACAAAGUUAUCUAUAGAAGGGUAUGGACCUCAGUGUGGUGACAAAAUGCUAGAUGCUCUGAAUAAAUUUUGCAAUGAUUACAACAAAGCAAACAAUUCUGUUUGUUGUAAAGUGGAACUUGUUGACAAUCAUUUGGUGGUUGCCAUCUGUACUCCCUUGAUGAGCAGAGUGCACACAUUGAUCAAGGCAUCUUCAGAAAUAAUGUUUGUUGAUUCUUCUGGCUCCAUGGACAGUUUAAAUUGUCGAGUGUUUCUUAUGCUCACAUCAUCUGUUGCGGGAGGACUUCCCCUUGGUGUUCUCAUUACAACAUCAGAAAGUGAAAAAGUUGUUAGUGCUGCAUUGGAACUCUGGAAGACACUGUUACCUGAGAAGGCCUUUUAUGGGAGAGGUGCAUCUAUUGGUCCAAAAUUAAUAAUGACUGAUGAUGCCACAGCUGAAAGAAAUGCCCUGCAAAUGUCAUUCAUGACUUGCAUUUUAUUGCUCUGUCUGUUUCAUGUUUUACAAGCUUUUUGGAGAUUUGUUUGGGCCAGGGAGCAGAAUGUACCCAAGGAUAAGAGAAGUGAGCUCUUCUACCUAUUCAAAGAUCUUGUUUAUGCUGAAGAUGAGGAGACUUUUGCCUGUCGUCUGAAAGACGCAAUGGACAGUGAAGAACUGAACAAGUACCCAAAAGUAAAGGGACAUCUACAGAAAUACAUCCCUCGUGCAUCUGAAUGGGCUCUUUGUAUGAGAUCAAAUUUAAUCACUAGAGGACACAACACAGAUAAUAUAUGUGAAGCUGGUAUUAAGGUUCUCAAAGACAAAGUGUUUCACAGACUCAAGGCCUUCAAUCCUGUCCAACUCUGUGAUUUUAUCCUGACACGCUAUGACAACUACCUCCAGAACAGAAUUAUUGAUGUCAUCAACAACAGAGCAAUAAACCAAGUGAAGUCAAGAUUCUACAUACGUCCUGAAAAGUUGACGGAUCUUGAGUGUGAGGAGCUUGAACGCCCUAACAGUUACCUUGUCAAAAAUUUGACAAAAGGUACUACAAAUUAUGUUGUCAUGGACUAUGAAAUUUGCUCUUGUGAGGCUGGAAAAUCUGGCAGGCCUUGCAAACAUCUGUGUGCUGUUGUGAUGAAGUACAAGCUAACGAGCUCAGUGAUCCAUCCAUUACUUCAGUGUGACAACCCAGCAGUGAAAAGAGUGCUCUUUGAGGUUGCACAUGGACAUAACAAUUGCCCUGAAGAAUGGUUUUCAAGUAUCUUCAAUGAAAAUAGUAAUGCAGAAACAAUUCAGGAGCCUCAGAGUAGCUUGGAGGCAGAAGAAACAUUGGUUGAGUCUUCAGACAAUUUGAAUGAAGUUAGGAGCAAUGUGGAUGAGAUUUCCCCUGAAAUAAUUCAGGAGACAGAGAUGGCUCUUUCAGAAAUUUUUUCAAGCUGGAGCUCUUCAUUGAGGACAGAUCCAGCCACUUUCCUACGGCCAAUUGAGAGCUUUAUAAAAAAUAAUGAAUCAGUCAGCAAGUCUCAGUCAAGCCUCCUGUCAGCUAUGCACUGCUUUGGGAAAAGUGGUGGUGUUGCUGCUAUUGGAAUCCGCCAAAAAAAACUCUCAAAUAUGCCUGUUCAAUCAACAGCUGGUGUUUCUGCUAUUGGAAUCCGCCAAAAAAACCUCUCAAAUAUGCCUGUUCAAUCAACAGCACCAGCACGGCGCACAACUUAUAUUGGAGGCAGGACAGCCCAAUUUUGUGGCCGACCACCCAAUGCCAUGACUGCCGCAUUGGACCAGGACCAGCAGGAACAUUGUUAUGGGAACACCCAAAAGGGGAAUAAGACUGAUGAACCUACAUAUGCUCACCUACCCAAGAGACCAAGGAUAGCUGCCCCUCAUGAUCUGCAACUUUGUGUUCAGACUUCUCGCAUGGUGGGAAAAUAACAUAUUAUCUUUUGAGUAAUACAAGUAAACGUACAAAUUUAAAUAAUGUUGUAUUUAAGAUAUUUUAUCACUACCUUACUUCUAAUUACUUUGUGAUAAAUAAAAUCCAUGAGUGUCCAAUGCUGUGAGAACUAUUUGUUAAGCUCUG